GGAAAAGCGGCUUUGGUGGCUUGAAGAGCCGACUUGGUCGCAGAGGCAUCCCUGCUGGACGACAAUGGCAACCUCAAGCUCAGGAGCUGUCGCUGCUCAGGCGACUCCUUCGUAUUUGCCGCUUGCUCUCAUCGACAAGUGCAUCGGGAGCAAGAUCUGGAUCAUCAUGAAGGGCGACAAGGAGCUGGUGGGGACGCUGAGAGGCUUCGACGACUUCGUCAACAUGGUCCUCGAUGACGUCACCGAGUACACCUUCACGAGUGAGGGCAAGCAGACGACGCAGCUGGACUCCAUCCUGCUCAACGGCAACAACAUCACGAUGCUGGUGCCGGGAGGACAGCCGCCCGAGGAAUGAUUGACUGGCGAUGAUGAUUUGAUUUGAGUGCCUGGUUGAAGACUGAAGAUGAGAUGGCUCGUCGCUGUGUGAUGUACAGUUGGGGGUCUACAUUUGGUUAAUUGCUGAGACGGACGGACUUGCUUUCUGCAUGACAGCUGCAGCACUGUCUGUGCUGUGCCUGACUCGCUCAGCUGUGGCUUCGGUGGUGUCGUGUCCACUCUCUCUUUCUAUGAUAUAUGCCGCAUUGGUUGUCGGGCAAUGAUGCGUGCUGUGUUGUGUCUGCCGCGAGGAUCUGCCGUGACCUCAUCCUGGUGUAUUCAUGGGUGGAAGGUGCCUGGUGAUGGCGUGAGACUGCUGGAGAUUCGCCCCUCACGAGGUCAUCGGCAAAUCUCCAAUGGUACAUGCCGUACCCCAGCAUUUUCUCACCUGUGAAUGAAUGUGUACAAGAUAUGCAACAGGGAGGACAGAGAAUGCUCACCGUGUUGUCGCUUACUGAUGGUGUCGGUUUGAUGACUCGCCGUUGCCCUGCUGUUAUAACUUCCAUGCCUCUCGGCGAUGUCUAUCGGCUUUCAUUGGUCGGGAUGAGAGCAGCUGUGCAUCGCCGAGAGGCAGGAACGCUACUGAAGGAUCAUCACACUGA